UAACUUGCGUCAAAUUACUGUUUUGGUUUCAACAUUAACACGUGUUAUUAAAAAAAUAAUUUAUCACUUUAAUUAUUUAAUCGCUUUAAUUUAGUAAUUAAAAUGAAUAAAUCCGAUGAUGAAGAUGAUCAAAAACAAUCUGGACCGGUAGAAAACGCGUGGUCCUUAAAAAUACCACCAUUCAAAGCUGAAGAUAACCCUCAUGGAUUACUCGAAGAGAGUUCGUUUGCGACGGUUUUUCCACAAUAUCGAGAGCAAUACUUAAAAGAGGUUUGGCCUUUAGUUCAAAAAACGCUAAAUGAACAUAAUAUUAAAGCUGAAUUAGAUUUAAUAGAAGGUAGCAUGACUGUUAAGACAACUAGAAAAACAUGGGAUCCUUAUAUGAUCAUAAAAGCUAGAGAUAUGAUUAAGUUGUUAUCAAGAAGUGUUCCUUAUGAACAAGCUAAAAGAGUUUUAGAAGACGAUGUUAGUUGUGAUAUAAUUAAAAUUGGGAAAAUCACCAGAAAUCGAGAAAAGUUUGUUAAACGACGACAAAGAUUAAUUGGUCCUAAUGGAUGUACCUUAAAAUCAAUUGAAUUAUUAACAGAUUGUUAUGUUUUGGUACAAGGACAAACUGUUUCUGCUUUAGGCCCAUAUAAAGGGCUACAACAAGUUCGAAAAAUCGUUGAAGAUACCAUGAAUAAUAUUCAUCCAAUUUAUAAUAUAAAAGCUUUAAUGAUCAAAAGAGAAUUAAGUAAAGAUCCUAAACUUAGAAAUGAAAAUUGGGAGCGCUUUCUACCGAAGUUUGUUAACAAAAAUAUUAGCAAAAGAAAACAACCUAAAAUCAAAAAAGAUAAGAAGCCUUACACUCCAUUCCCACCAGCACAAACUGAAAGUAAAAUUGAUAAACAACUUGCUUCUGGGGAGUAUUUCUUGAAUAAAGACCAAAAAAGGGUUCAAGCUAGAAAAGAGAAAGAUGAGAAACAUAUCGAAGCUGCUAAAAAGAGGGAAGAAAGAAGACAACAAGCUUUUAUUCCCCCCGAAGAAAAUAAAUCUAGUAAUAACACAGUUAAAAAUGAUAAAGUUAAGGUCGAUAUUGCUGCAUUAAAAGAAAAAAUUAUGAAGGCCCAAAAGAAAAAGAAAGGAUUUAAAAAAGUUUGAUAUAAUUUUGUUAGGUAUAUCUAAUUUUGUUAGAUUUAAGUUAAUAAUUAAAAAAAAAUGUUUUAUUUAAGUUGAAUUACAUUAAAUUGGUUCAAGAUUAA